AUGGUCUUCCACUGUGAGGACCCAAACCACAAAUUCAGCCUGCGGGUGGCGGGCCUGCGCGGAGCUUUCUGGCUGGGCUCGGCCGGGCGGAUUCGGACACAGCGGGGGAUUCCCCCACCCGUCCACCCGGGGCGCGCGCCAGCCAGGGAUGAGCCAGUGCCAGCAACUUGCACAACGCGCAGUCGGCUUUCGUAUAUAAGCUCCGGCCCGCUCACUUGGUGGUAUCAGCUGAGGUCCCGACCCAUCUCAACCACUACAGCCAUGUCUCUCAAGGCUCUGCAGGUGUGUGUGCUGGCGUGCGCCGUGGCCGCAGCGGCUGCCGCCCCCGGCUUGCUGGCUGCCCCCGCCGCCCCCGUCGCCGCCGCCGCCGACGUCGAGUUCGACCCCCACCCCCAGUACAACUUCGGGUACAGCGUACAGGACGCGCUGACGGGCGACUCCAAGUCGCAGCAGGAGUCUCGCAGCGGCGACGUCGUGUCCGGCAGCUACUCGCUGGUGGAACCCGACGGCGCGCUGCGCACCGUCCACUACUCGGCCGACCCCGUCAACGGCUUCAACGCCGUCGUGUACCGCGGCGUCGGCGUCGCGGCGCCCCCGGAGCGCGUCGUGGCCGCCGCUGCCUUUUCUAUUGUUAUAUCGGACUUCGCGCCCAAGUAA